AAUCAGCGUCCGGCUUUGGGAGGGAGCCGCGUUGUUCAAAAACCAGAAGAUAGACGUGUGGACUGGAAAAACAACUCAGCUGUUUGAGCAAGCAACAAAACACCGAGAGAAAAGCCUGUUGUAGAUGGGUACCUAAUAGGUUAUAAACAGCCUGCAGACUUUCAAUACAAUUACCUGUUUAGAUUUAGUCAAACAGUGCACUAGGACAUUCGGCGGACACGAUGGCUCUGACUCUGCUGUCUCCUGGUUUUCGUUCUGAUGAAGAGGAUGAAAUGGCUGUUUUUGAGUCUACUGCUGCGGAGCAUGGGGGGCUAGGUAGACCUCGGCUACCUGAAAUCUCUGUGAUUUCUCCAGGCCUCGAUAGACAUCCAUCCACCACUUUACUAACCAUGAAGCAGUCACUCUGCAGACCAGGCAUUCAUGAUCAAGUAAAUCCUGAGAAAGUGAAGGUCUAUCUGCGCAUCAGACCUCUAACUGAAAUGGAAAAGGACAGAGGGGAAGAACAAGGCUGUGUGCUUGUGCAGGAUGAAAAAUCUCUUCUCCUAAAAGCUCCAAAAGAGUCUCAGAACAUGAGAAAUGCUGAGCGAGGCAUCACUCAGAGCAUGCACAAGUUCAGCUUUUCAAAGAUUUUUGGACCAGAUACUACUCAGCAGCAGUUUUAUGAGCACACAAUGAAAACAAUGGUCAAGGAUGUGCUUCAAGGAGAGAACAGACUCUUGUACACAUAUGGAGUCACCAACUCUGGGAAGACCUACACUGUUCAGGGAAGUGGCCGAGAAGCAGGUAUUUUACCUCGAGCACUGGCUUCCAUGUUCAUGAAGCUGAAGGGCCGUCUGUAUGGAGGCAUGGACCUGAAGCCCAUCAUGUACCAGGAUAUAAAACAACUAGACCCCACGGAGGUUAAAGUGGAGGAAAGUCGCAGAAACUCACUGCUCAAAGAGGGUGAUGGUCACAUGUCUCAUCGCGUUGGGACAACCACUGUGUGGGAUAGUGGCAUCGGAGGACUCUCAGUCACAAGUAACUUGGCCACUCAACUUGAAGAUGUUGACAGUGUCUGUCUGGAGCCAGACAGCCUGUCCAACAGUGGAGGGGAUGAUCUGAAGGAUGGGGUGCAGUUUUCUAUCUGGGUGUCCUAUUAUGAAAUCUACAAUGAGUUCCUGUACGACUUACUGGAUGCUUCGCCCUCAAUGCAGCCCAGAAAAAGGGUUACUCUGAGACUUGGUGAUGACAAGCAGGGCAAUCCAUAUGUAAAAGACUUGACAUGGAUUCAGGUUUGCAGUGCUGAGGAGGCAUGGAGGGUUCUCACAGUUGGCCGUCGUAACCAAAGUUUUGCUUGUACUCAUCUUAAUCAAAACUCUAGCCGCAGUCACAGCAUCUUUUCCAUCCGCAUCCUGCAUGUUCACCCAGAGAGUGUUUCAGACCAAGCCAUGCGCAUCAGCGAAUUAACCAUAUGUGAUUUGGCUGGAUCUGAACGGUGCAAAGAGCAGCGCAAUGGUGAAAGAAUGAAGGAGGCUAACAACAUCAACACUUCUCUGCUGACAUUGGGGCGAUGCAUUGCUGCGUUGCGUCACAACCAGAACAAUAGGUCCCGUCCUCCACAGGUUGUGCCUUUUCGUGACAGUAAGCUAACUCGUGUGCUGCAAGGGUUCUUCUGCGGUAAGGGAACCUCCAGCAUGGUGGUCAACAUCAACCCCUGUGCUUCAAUUUAUGAUGAGACUUUACAAGCUCUCAAGUUCUCUGCAAUUGCUACUCAACUGGUGCAUGGCCCAUCAACCAAGACCAGAGUGGCUUAUAUUCUGUCUCUGCUGCGUGAACCUGCAGCUAACAGUAAUGACAGUACUGUAAUUGAAGAAGAGGAAGAUGACAGUGACGUGGAAGAUGGCGAUAUCACUAUGUUAAAUACUGAGGCCCUGCUGCAGGCCAUCGACAUCCUGAAAAAAGAGGUGCAGCGUCAGUGGGAGGAAAAGGAAGUCUUGGAGGCAAAUGUGCGAGAGCAAGUGGUCUCAGAGAUGAUGGAGGUCAUCACAGGAAUGCAGGACGGUUUCAGUGAGAGUCUGGAGACAGAGAAGGCUCUGCUUGAAGAGCGAUAUGAGGACAAGAUUAACAAUCUACAGAAACAUUUGAAACGCUUCUAUAGCCAGGAGCUCAAGGAACGAGAUCAAGAGAUUGAAGCUUUAUCUGCUGCCUUGGAAAAACAAAAAACACAAUCAUCAACCGUGCCAGACACAUUUGGUGAGGUACCACGGCGAUCGCAGAGACUCACUGUUAACUCACAACUGAGCAGUCUACGCUAUGAGCUGGACCAGUGCCGGGUUGAGCUGCUCACCAAAACAGAAGAAUUGGCCAAGCUGAAGACACAGCUGGAAGUCCCUGGAUCAGCAGGUGCACUGACUAAUGCUGCUGAUCGUAAACUGGAGGAGGGCCAAAGAAACCUCUGGCAGCUGCGUCAGGACUUGCAUAGACUAGGGAUGGACCUCCAGUCUGGUGAAAGGGCGUGCUGUCGUAACACAGGAGGAGAGCGUCUGCGCCAAGCUUUAACCACCGCUGAUGAGACACUGGCCAAACAGGACCAGAUCCUGGUGGAGUUGCAGAAUAACCUACUGUUGGUCAAAGCAGACCUGAGACGUAAAGCUGAGACUCUGGUCCAAACACAGCCCACCAGACCACUACCGCCCCCUUCCGGAUACCCCUCUGCCAUGCCAGGCUCUUGUACGAAACGAGGGUGUGCAGCAGCAGUUGACACUGAAAACAGACCUCCAGAGAAACGACAAUUUUUCCAUAGUUUGUUCCCCACACGUACCCCAAAUCGAAAAUACAACACACGCACUGCUGAGGAAGCUAGUGCCACUCCUUAUUCCCGUAUUCUGCGCUCACGGCAGCAGUCUCCACCCCCCAGCCCUGUCCCAACACCGCGCCGCAUCAGAGGCAAAUACUGAGCUGCUAAGUAU